AUGGCUACGCAAGCGCCGCGCGUUUCCCGCAAUGUAUCGCUACCGGCCGGCAGACAACCUGCUACUGUCGGCAUGCUGGCAAGGCGCACUUUGUCAGAAAGUGACCUGGAACCAGGAGCGGGAACAGCACCUUCGGGUAGUUCCAGCAGUUCCAGCUUAUCAUCCCGGAGUAAUGAGAGCAGCUCUGUUGCGGCUGAACAACAAGAUUGGUCAGAUGAAGAGGAGCCCUUGGCAGCACAAUGGUCGGACAGUCUGCCUCCAGGCGUACGAGACACCAUAGUGCUAAGUGCUAGGCUACGCAAGCGACAAGAAGUUAUACAUGAAUUGAUUGUCUCUGAAGCAUCUCACGUGCGUUGGCUUAAAGUCCUUGGCGGUGAUUUCCUGAAGCCCUUAGAGCGACAGUCCAAUCUCCUACCUCCUGAAGAGUUGAGAGCGCUAUUCCCAAACUUGCCCAGUGUUAAAGAGCGCCACUUAAGACUGUACUCAGAAUUGAGGACGGUACGAAACGAGGCGCCCAAUCAUGUUGUACAAGUACGGCCCGUUGCUGAUGCUAUGCUUAAUACGCUUGGUGAAGCCGGAUAUUCCUCGUGCCUAGCUAAAUUCUGUCGGGGACAGCGUAUGGCGCUUGAAGCGUUGCGUGAGCGCCGGCGUAAGAAUAAAGAAUUACAUCAGUUUUUGGCUGGAAGGGAACAAUUACCUCGCUGUGGUAGGCUGCAGUUGAGAGAUUUGCUUGCCUGUGUUUGGCAGAGGUUGACGAAAUACCAACUACUGCUAGAAGGUAUCCUUAAGACUGUGACUGAAGAUCAAAGUGAAGAUGACCCAGAGAGCGAAGAAGAUAUUACCCAGCUUCGCAAAGCGUUGAACACGGCUAAAGAUGUAUUGCAUAGUGUUGAUACUGCCAUACGGACCUCUGAGAAUGAGCACAGAUUGAGAACAAUUCAAAGUAAGCUGGAAGUGCGAGCUCCCAUGAGUCCCGAGUGGGAGGAGCUACGUCGUCUGGAGUUGCCUCAUCACUCGCUUCGUAUAGAGGGGGAGUUACUUGUGCGCACUGACACCAAAAAGAUGACCGUUCUUGCACUGAUGCUGGAUGAUAGCCUGGUUCUCUUUACAACGUGA